AUGAAGAACACACUUGACAUCAACCCCAGCUUUUGGUGGGAGUCGCUGUUAAAAUUGUGUGUCAAAUUUCGUUUUGAUAGAUUGUACGUGGUUUUUAGCCACAAGCGUUGUGUAAGUGUUUCAGUAGUGUUAUCGUUGCCACCGCUUGUUGGAUGGGCUGAAUACUCGUACAUUCCAGAGCAACAUUUUUGUUUUUGUAAUUGGGCAAAAGCUCCGUCGUAUGCCUUUUUCAUGAUAGGUUGUUGUUUUGGUAUACCAUUUACAGUAAUGUCAAUAUGUAACAUACUUAUUUUUCGAACUGUACGAGCCAGUAAGAACCGCGUGGCAGCUGCUCAAUCUAAAAUUAGCACAAGCAAUCAUCAUAGAGGAAGCUUGAAAUCAACCAUUGUGACACAGGCCACUUCAAUCCUACCAGAACCUUCGACUGUGUCGUCUUCACAAACCGAUAAAACAUUAUUGUACAUCGCUAACCGUAGCCCAAACAAUAGAAAAGCUGUUACAUUGGAAAAUCUGUCUGCUAUAGAUGAUGUAAAGGUUGAUGUGUCAACGAUACAUUCCAAUUCGAAUAGACUGUCAGUUAUAAAAUCAAAACAGCAGCAGAAAAUCUUAAGACACGCGACAGACAAAGCCCGGUCAGAUGAAAUACGUCUCGCCCUCGCUCUUGCCAUUGUUGUUAUUAUGUUUGUAGUGUGUUGGCUUCCGUUUUGUAUUAGUAUGUUAAUAGGCAUAUUUAGUCCUAAUGCUGCGUCAGAUAAAUUUCAUAUGUGGACGUUGUUAAUUGGUUAUUCCAAUAGUUGUAUGAAUCCGGUUAUUUAUGGUGCUUUGAACAAAAAGUUUGGUGAAGGUUUUAAAGACAUAUUUUGUCGAUUUUGUACAAGGUGAAGAAAUUGUUAUUGUUUAUUGUUAAUGGUCAGACAAAGUCUUCACUGUAUAUAAAUUGAAUUUUCUUCUUAAAAUGCAACCAUUUGUCCGAAAACGAAAUCAAUUCAGUUUUUACAGUUACCAAAUUGUAUAAUUAUAUACAUUAUAUUAUAUUGUAAUUAUUCAUUAUGGAUAAGAAGAUAAAAAAUGAAUAGCAAAAUGAAUGAGAUUUAUCGAAACAAGACUUAAGAUUUAGCUUAAUAAUAAUUGCGUCCUAACUCCAUUGUUUUGAUGUUCUUCAUCUUGAGUCUUGCUGGAAGGCUUUCAUCGACGAACUAACCACUUCACAUUAUAUAUGUGGUUGUCCCAAGCCAGGACCCUGUUAUUC